AUGAAUCUGCAGACACGCUGGAUGACAUUCAAGAAACCAGUUGAAGACUGCGGUGGCUCGAGGUACGGCCGGCAGGUGGGAGGGGCGGAGCGCGUGUACGCGUUGUGCGCGCGCCACAGCCGCUUGGUGUCGCUGAGCCACGUGGGCAUGGGCGCCGUGGCGUACUGCUUCUGGGUGGCGGUGCCCGCCGCCGCGGUGUACGCUGCCGUGUCGGUGGCUAUGUUCUACGGUUACAUCCUGACCACGACGCUGGACGCGUUCUUCUUCACGCUCAUCAUCUACACGGCGGGCCAGCUGCGUGUGCUCAACCUGAUGGCCAGGGACCUCUGCGCUCGCGGCAGCCUGCAGCAGAUGAACGCUCGUCUCGCCGACUGCGUCUCCUACCACGUCCAUAUCGAGAGGUGCGUGCAGCGGCUGGGGGCGCUGGUGGGUCCCAUCGUGCUGGGCCAGUUCCUCGCCGACAUCGUCACCAUCAGCGCCGCCGCCUUCGUGGCCACCGUCUCGGAAGCGGACUCGGUGUGGCUGCUCAAGUUCUCGUCCUACCUGCUGGCCAUCGCCGAGCAGCUGCUCCUCUACUGCUGGUUCGGCAGCGACGUCGCUACUGAGAGCGAGCGCCUGCAGCUGGCCGCCUACAGCAGCGACUGGACCGCGGCGCCCGCGCGCUUCCAGAAGGACCUCUGCAUCCUGCUCAGCCGCGGGCACCGGCCGCUGCGCCUCGCCGCCUACAAGUUCUACACCAUCUCCAGGGAGACCUUCCUCAUGCUGAUGAACACAGCCUUCUCCUAUUACGCCGUCCUGAGACAGCUGAACGGCAACUGA